UACUUAAAAACGUUCAACAAAAUCUGUCAGAAUAAUAAUAAGUGUUUUGGCAAAUAACUCGUAAAGAAUUAUACAAUUGUUCUUUACAAAUACGCCAUUGAAUAAAUUUCUUAUAUAUUUCUGAAGUAGACGGUCGUAUUCGGUAUAUACAUAUCGCAUUAAAGAUGGAUCCUGAUGAGUUAGGACCCCUUGUGGUAGAGACACUGACCAAUGCGUGCAGUCAGGAGAUGACAAUUCUCACACCUGCAGAACAGCAGCUGCAGCAAUGGCAGACCCAGCCAGGAUUUUACACAAUACUUUCUACAAUAUUCUGCAACCAUGAGAUUGACAUGAAUGUUCGCUGGUUAUCUGUGAUGUACAUCAAGAAUGGUGUGGACAGAUACUGGAGAAGAACUGCUCCAAAUGCAAUGAGAGAGGAAGAAAAAGAGAUAAUCAAGCAGCGAUUGCUGGCCAAUUUCAAUGAGCCAUCAAAUCAAAUCUGCACACAAAUGGCUGUCCUUGUUUCAAAGAUAGCUCGUGUAGAUUGCCCGCGAAACUGGCCAAACCUUCUUCCAGUAUUACUGACCACUGUUCGCUGUACCAAUCUACUGCUACAGGAGAGAGCCCUGCUUGUCCUCCACCAUGUAGUGAAGACACUUGCUUCAAAACGCCUUGCACCUGACCGAAAACUAUUUGAGGAUCUGACGUCUGAGAUAUUCAGUUACCUGUACAGCUUGUGGAGUGAUCAGUUGACAGAGCUGCUGCAGAUGGCCUCCUUGCAAAAAGAGGAGAUGGUUGCCCAUAUUGACCGCGUCCUUCUGUCACUCAGAAUAUUGCGCCGCUUGGUCACAUUUGGAUUUCGAGACCCAUCCUCCAGCCAGGAGGCUAUGAGUUUCCUCAAUCAAGUCUUCAUCAAGUUGGACACCAUGUUGGAAUGUAGACAAAGUUUAUGGGGAAAUCACAAAAUGUUGGACAAGUGUGAAAAAAUGAUCAACAUUCUCACAAAAAUUUUGUUGGAUUGCCUGGAGCACCAUCCUAUCUGCUUCAUGCAGUUCAUACAACGGGCCCUGGAGUUCAUAGUGAGAUACAACUUCUCACAAGCAGGUCUACUGUAUGAAAGGUUCACAGUGAACUGUUUCAACCUGAUGAAGAACAUACUGAUGUGUGACUCAUAUAGACCCAACAAGCAUGACACUGAGCCCGACAGUGUGAAGAUGCAGGCCCACAAGAUCAAGUUGAACUUCUUCACGUACGACACGCUGCAUGAGAUCUGUCAGCGACUCAUAUCCCAGUACUUCCUCCUCAGUCAUGAUGACCUUUUCACGUGGGAUCAUGACCCGGAAGAAUUCUGUCAGGAGGAAGUGGGAGACAACUAUAAAUAUUCCCUUAGACCCUGCACAGAGACGCUGUUUAUCAGUUUCUUCAGGGAGUUCCGUCUCACUCUCAGCUCUGUUCUUAUCAAGCUGGUCGAGGCAUCACAGGGAAUGUGUGAUGUAGACAACUCUAUGGCUAUUCUACGCAAGGAUGCUGUGUACAAUGCUGUGGGACAGGCAGCGUUUGAACUGUUUGAUGAGAUCGACUUUGAUCAGUGGUUUUCAAGCACUUUGCUUCAGGAAUUAUGCAACUUGCAUAACAAUUAUCGCAUCAUCCGUCGUCGUGUGAUCUGGCUGUGCGGGCGCUGGGUGGGAGUGAAGCUCUCGGCCAACCUGCGCCCCUCUCUCUACCAGGUCAUCUGUCCCCUCCUUCAGCCCUCCGAGGACCUUGUGGUGCGCCUGGAGGCGGCCAACACUCUCAAACUUGCUGUAGAUGACUUUGAAUUCAAUGUGGAGCAAUUUUUACCUUUCCUGGAGACUUGCUUCUCCUUAUUGUUCCAGCUGUUGAAGGAAGUAGAUCAGUGUGAUACUAAAAUGCAGGUGCUGCAUGUGAUAUCAUUUGUGAUAGAGCGUGUGGACGUUCAGAUCCGUCCGUACGCCACGUCUCUCGUCUCCUACCUGCCUGCCCUCUGGGAGGAGGCCAGCGACCACAACAUGCUCAAAUGUGCCAUCCUUACUACGCUGAUACACCUCGUGCAGGGUUUUGGCUUAUGUAGUUCAGCCAUGUAUGAGUUCCUGUUACCUGUGAUAGCGCUGAGCACAGACACAACAAAACCUGAACACGUCUACCUCCUUGACGACGGCCUUGAACUCUGGCACACGACCUUGAUCAAUGCGGACAAGGUCACACCAGAGUUGCUGAAGUUGUAUGAAAAUAUGGCUGGACUUUUACAAAUCAGUACAGAAAAUCUUCGCAUUAGUCUAAAGGUGAUUGAAGACUAUUUGCUUCUAGGACCUACUGAAUUUAUGGAGCAUUACAGUGGAACGUUGGUGAAGUCUUUCGCAUCCCUGAUCACUGACCUGCGUACAGAGGGGGUGAUGUUGGUGCUGUCUGUAAUAGAACUCGUCUUCAAGUGCUUCCCCUCGGAGGGACCCCAAGUGUUCAUAUCCAUGCUGCCUGGCUUUGUAAAGCCUCUCCUCAACCAGGAUGAACACCCGAUGGUGAUGUCUAUCUACAUCACGCUUGUGGCCCGUAUAGCCCUGCAGAAUCAGGAGUACUUCUGGUCCUUCCUGGAGCAGUUUGCAGCAGAGUGCAGGCUGGAGAGCGAGGCACAACUCAUUUCAUCCUCCCUACAGAUGUCCGACCUACUGAGCCUUCUGUUGACAUCCUGGGUGGAGGGUAUUGACAACAUGACCCAGCCGGAGAAGAGGAAGCUGUCGGCCCUCGCCCUUGCCAGCCUCAUCACCGCCAACAACAGCAUAGUCCUGGAGAAGUUUGGCAGCAUCAUCAGUGUGUGUGUGCAGGUGCUACAUGAUGUGUGCAGGGUACCAGUGGAUGAGGAGGCAGUCAUACAGCUUGACGCCCUGGUGAUAUCUGAUGGAGAUGAGCGUGGGGAAGACGAACAUGAGGCAGAACAUGAAAAGAGGAAGCGUGCAUUGACCCUGAAGGACCCUGUACACUCGGUUCCCCUAAAGGACUUUGUGUUCCAGCAACUGAGGCAGUGCCACAACAUUCAUGGAGACGCAGUGUUUGAUAAACUUGUGCAGCAGGUUGACCCUGAUGUGUAUAUGCAGUUACAGCAGUUUCUCAAGACUUGAGGCGUGGAAGAUUUUAGGAUGAAUUACUUCAGAUUUCAAGACACUUGAUGUUUUAGGUGACCUUUGUGGUCAGAACAGUUCUAGCAUAUGCUAGUGCACUUUUGGUUGUUAUAAUUCCAAGACAUGUUAAGAUUCGAUACAAAUUGACGAAGUGCUGUGAUUGUUCACUAAACAACUACCAUAAACAUUUCAUACUGGAAAAAAGACUCCAGUGAGGAUUGCUGGAGACGUGUGUUCCAAAUAUGGACAAACAUUUUAACUGUAAACUUGUAGGAAGUUAUGCAUGGAAUAGUUAUUAAAUUAAUGACUAACGGUUCGACUUGAAACUAUGAAAAAGUGUUUACAUGAUUAUUAAAUUCCAAUUGAUACAGUGUUGCAAAAUUAGGAAAGUUUUGUACUUAAUUGUGUUUUGUGUGUGUUGUUCUUUAAUGCCAACUAACAUACUUAAGACUAAGAGAUUUUUUAUGUCUCAACAAGGACCUAUAGAAUGUAUAGAAUGUAUUCUAUAGGUCUGUGGUUUCAAAAUGUGUAAAAUGUUUACACUUGAGACUAGUGAGAAAAUUAAAAAACAAAAGUGUAAAAUUAAGAAAACAACACAUUUCUUCAAAUCCAACAAUAUUUAAGACUUCAGACUGAAUGAUAGACCUGCAAUAGGUAUAGGAUCAAUCCAAACAUAUCCAGAAGUACAUACAUUAUUUUUUGAGAGACUUGUAAAAAUGUGUUUUUUAUUAUUGCUGCCUAAAAUAUUCAAAGGGUACAGAAAUAGUUUAAGGAGACACUUUUCUGGGUUUUUUUACCAUUGGUUGCAACUGUAAGGCAAGAUUUGACACAAGAAUGAACGGUGUUAACGCUGCUGGCCAAGUUUCAUGAAGUCCAUGUUUGAAGUGGCAAACAUGCUUAUUCAGACUGUUAGAUUUGAUAGACCUUUGAUUCCUUCUGUAUUUAGAUAAUAAGGUCAUGUACAUGUGUUGUAAUUGUCAAAUGGCAUAUGACAUUUUUUGGUGCAAAGUAUUUCUUGAAAUUGUGAAAACUUCAUUGUUGUUAUUUUUAUGCUCCCCCAAAAUCUUUGGGGGGAGCAUAUAGUCGCCGCUUCAUCUGUCCGUGUGUGUGUCUGUCCGUCCGAGUACAAUUUUUGUCCGGGCUAUUUCUCAGCAAUUAAUGACCGGAAUUCAAUGAAACUUUAUGGGAAGCUUCACUACCAACAGGAGAUGUGCAUAUUAUCAGCCGGUAAUGGUCGGAUGAUUUUUCACAGAGUUAUGGCCCUUGGAAAUUUUCUAUAAACUGUACAUAUAGUGCAAUUCUUGUCCAUCUAAACCAUCCAUCGUAUUAUUUUGUCCAAAGUUAUGCCCCUCAAGACGUUUCCUUUUAUCUGAAUAUUUAGUGCAAUAUUGUGACAAAAAAACACUUUGGGGAGCAUCACCCGUCUCCGACGGUUUCUUGUUUAUUAAUAUUUAAUUUGCAUAUUUAUGUUCAAUACCAUCAGUGCUUUCAAAAGAUCAAAAGGUCUGCUACUUGGAGCAAGAAAAUUUUAAUAGCUUAUCAUAGGCUUGAGCAAAAAAUGUAUUGCUAUUGGCCGUAAUUGUUACUUUUAACCAAGUUAAGAAUAAUAUAUAUCCACGUACAAUUUCAUAUUUGACCUCUCACAAUUUCAAACCUAGGGUCAUUAGACUUUUGCAUGGUUUUCUUAGUGUUCAUAAUUUAAGUAUACCAUUUGAUUCUCAAAGCAGACACAGUUUUUAGGUCAUCUCAAUGAUUUAGGGGAGGCACAUUUAAAAAUUGCCUUGAUGACCAGUUGGAUGCUUUGUCUGGAAUUCAACCUGAUUUUUGUAUUUGGACACGCAGUUAAGGAGUCAUCUGGGUGAUUAAGGGGAGGCACAGUUUACUGGUCAACUCGAUGACUUAGGAAAAAAUGGUUGCUUUCUUUGACAAACAUUUGCAGAUUUUAAAUUCUGCAUUACUUGAACUUGAUACACUAUCAAAGUCUCCCGUAAUUGUUACCUUUUUGAUUUUUUUUUACUCUGUAACAUGCACUUAAGGUAUUAUACUGAAUUCUCCCAAUAUUAAGAAAAAAAUAUCUGUAUACGCAUCAUGAUUUUGUAUGUCAGCUUUUUUACAAUAAGUAUUGUUCCAUAUCCAGUUACGUUUGUUAUAUAUUUGAUUGAGGUUUUUAUGUUAUUAAUUUUGAAGUUCACAUACCUGAUUGUUUUGUAUUUAUUAUACUAAACAUCCAUUACAUUAUGAGGGCUUGGCUGUUCAAACAUAUUGUGUAACAUAUAUAUUAACUUACCUAUUGCUAUAGAAGUAAAUUGUUUAUAAGCUUAUUGCUUUUAGGUGAGUGCAUAUUUUAAGGUGGGAUAUAUAUUUACUUUGUGUUUCAUUUUCAUGCCAACAAUUACUUCCAAAUCUGUGUUUUGUUUGUUAAAAGCUUUAUGAAACCAUGUAUUGCUAGCAUCGUUUCUAAAAACUAUUUGUUAUGCAUUUUUUUGUGGAUGGAGAUCUUGGAUACUUGUCAGUCCAAGUAUUGGGUAAUGGCUAAAUAUUGCAGGUGUGAACAAUAGCUUUCAUAUAGUCAAUCAAUUAACGUUGGCAAACAAACUUUAUAAAACAUAAAAGAAUGGUUGAUAGAUCAGCAUGUCUUCUUAUUGAUUUUAUGAAAUUAUUAAUACAUUUUUUAAGUAUUUACAUGCAAUCAACAGCUAUCAUAUAUUUGUUCUGGACAUAAAUUGAUAUGUUUUAUCGAUCUAUUAAAAUUUUAAAAUUA